AAACUUUCCCUUUUGGGGGAUAACUUGCAAAUAUUUGAAUUGACAAUGCCUUUGUUCUUUGAUUGUAACAGCUGCAUGGACAAGUUCUACAUUGACUAGGCAUCUUCCAUUGAUAAUUGUUAGAUGAAAGAAGUUUUGACCCAGGUUGUUCAGGGCUGGCACUAUCAAGUUGUCACCAAUCUAUUUCUUGUACCCUUAGUGUUUUUUAUGUUCAUGUGACUGUUUUACUUGUUCAACAGCCUCGCUGUUCCGCACAGACACCCCUCUUUUAAUCUGGUACCACUUGUAAGUUGUAACAGCCGCAAAGACUAGUUCUACAUUCAUGAGGCAUCUUCAGUAAAGAAUUGUUAGAUGAAAGAAAUUUCUAUCCAAGUUCUUCAGGGAUCAGUUUCCUGUACCCUCUUAGUGUUUUUCUUAUGUUAAUGUCACUGUUCUACUUGCUCAACAGCCUCGUUGUUCCUCCCAGACACCCCUCUUUUAAUCCGUCUCUAGAGAAAAAAAGGGGAUGCUCUUGCUGAACAUUUUGCACAGAUUAUUAACAAUCGGUAACUUUUCUGCAGCUGCAGAAAUAGUAUUGGCCGCUGUACGUACCUGACAAGUCCCAUUGACCAUGUCUCUUCCAAGUAUUUGUCAACUCCGCCCCUCGUCCGUGUUGAAAAGCGAAGUACACGGAUCAUAUGAACUGGUAUCUUCCUCUUCCCUGAGAAGGUUGCAGGAAGCUACAGGAACCAUUUAGCCAUGACAAAGCCCAAUACCAGCAGCCUGUCGAACUUAUUCUGCAUAGCUUGUUCAGCUGUUGUCAUCCUAGGCAGAACCUGCAGUUGCUUGCAGUUCACUUACCCCAACUUCAACGCAAGCAACAGGGAUGAUUUCAGGUUCAGCCCUGGCUCAGCAAUCUCCAACAACUCCCUGCAGAUCACGCCGAGCGCCGGCAACAUGACCCACCGGUCGGGGAGAGUGGUGUACGCCAAGGAGACCCUCAAGCUGUGGAACAGCAAGCGCACGGCGCUCACCUCCUUCAGGACAGAUUUCAUGCUCAACAUCCUCCCACAGAACGGGACUGGAGAAGGUAUGGCCUUUGUGCUCACCAAUAAUCUGCCGUUGCCCAGCAACAGCAGCGGUCAGUGGCUGGGCGUGUGCAACAACCAGACAGACGGCGCGAAGACGAACCGAGUAGUAGCCGUGGAAUUCGACACGAGGAAGAGCAACGAGGAUGACCUUGACGGCAACCAUGUCGGCAUUGACAUCAACAGCAUCAAAUCUUUUCGGCAGUACCCGCUUAAUAAUCUCUCCAUCUUCCUCUCAACUGGGUCAGAUGUAUGGGUCAGUAUCAGGUACCACGGCACGUUACAGUUGCUUCAAAUAUUUCUAGUCCAGUACAGCAUCCGUGGGCGGCAUCUUUUCCAGGGAGAUACAUACAUUGAUCUGUCACAAGUUCUGCAGGACGACGUAUAUCUGGGAUUCACAGGUUCCACAGGCGACACCACACAACUGAACCAGAUAAAGUCGUGGAACUUCACCACAGUAGACAUUGAUGUCAAAGUUGGAAGAGGGCGUUGGAGAAAGGUGCUUUUGGCUCUCGUUACAUUGCUUGUGUUUUGUAUAAGUUUGUUUGCUGGGCUGUUCAUGUGGAGAAGGCUGACGCGGCGGAGAAGGCUCGCCUACCGCAACCUGGAGAAGAAGAUCGACGCACAUGGUCCGGUCAAAUUUAAGCUCAGGGAGCUCAGGCAUGCGACUGCGAACUUCAGUCCUACCCGCAAGCUCGGCAGAGGAGGCUUUGGCACCGUUUACCUUGGAUACGUCGAUAGGAUGAACUUGGAGGUGGCCGUCAAGCGGGUGUCGACGGACAAGCAGGCCGACACCAACCGGGGAGAGAAGGAGUUCGUGGCAGAGGUGAACACGAUCAGCAAGCUGUCGCACCGGAACCUCGUGAAGCUGAUCGGCUGGUGCCACAAGAAGGGCGAGCUGUUGCUUGUCUACGAGUACUUCCCCAUGGGAAGCCUUGACAAGCUCCUUUACGCCAGAGAAAGGACCGCAUCGUCCUCGUCCAUGUCGGCGUCGACGGACACACCAGAGCUCACAUGGAAGCGGCGGUACAAGAUCAUCUGCGGCGUGGCAUCGGCGCUGGACUACCUGCACCACGGGAGCAGCAAGCGGAUCCUCCACAGGGACGUCAAGGCCAGUAACGUGAUGCUGGAUGCGGAGUACAACGCGCGGCUGGGGGACUUCGGCCUCGCCCGCGUCAUCCAGCACGACGGCGUCACGCACCACUCCACGCAGGUCGUGGCGGGGACCCGCGGCUACAUGGCGUACGAGAGCUUCUUCACCGGCCGCGCCAGCCUCGACACGGACGUGUACGCGUUCGGGGUGUUCGUCAUGGAGGUGGUCAGCGGGAGGAGCCCCAGCAACGCCGUGCAGCAGCACUACAUCCACGACAGCGACCACCGUGGUGAGGAGGAUUACUCGGGCGGCGGGGGAGCGCGGCACCCCUUGCCGAUGCACAUCGUGGACUGGAUGUGGAGGCUCUACGGCGGAGGGAAGGCCUUGCAUGCCGCCGACCCUUUGCUCGGCGGCGAGUUUGACCAGGCGCAGGUGGACUGUGCGGUGAGGCUGGCGUUGGCGUGCUGCCACCCGAACCCGAGGGAGAGGCCGUCCAUGAGGACGGCGGUGCAGGUGUUGAUCGAUGGUGCCCCGGCGCCGGAGCCGCCGGUUAAUAAGCCUGCGUUUGUUUGGCCUCCGGGCGGCAAUCAGCGGGAGAUGGAGCUGCCGGACGUCGGCUUGCUGUUCACGGGAGGGGCUAGGCAGCACAGCAGUUUCUGCUCCUUGACCUCCACUUCCCUCACGGGGAGGUGAGCUUCGUGGAGAGUUGUACGAUUGCCUUGUACUGCCGAAUGUUGACUACGGUUUGCUUGUGAAAUUGUACAUUAUAUGUUCGUCGCUUCUCUCCUCUGGACGAGUUUGUUA